GAGAAGGAUAAAAUAUAGUAUUCCCGAGUUGUUAAAGGGAGAAAGUAUGAUAAUAGGGAGCAGGAUAACGAAGCACGGGAACGCGAGGGAGGGCGGAACAGGAGCGCACGCCGUAGUCACGGUCUCCAACCCCCAUGUACAACCCGUGUCCGUCGAAUUUUAAUGGCGGCCGACCCCGAAUCCCGCUUAGUGUUAUUGUAAUUGACGUACGUCACAACGUGAAGUUUGUGUUGGGCCACUAAGUGAUUAUUCAAAGACUGGAUUAAGCAUUGAAAAGUGAGUGAUUCACUCUGAUAUCGUCUUUAUAGUACAACGACCUGGGGAGUAUUGAAAAGAUUCAUGUGCAUUCUAUCAUGGUGAAGACUCGCGAUGUAUCGAAGUGACUUGCAGGCAUUUUACAACGUUACAAUGUGCUUUUUUGCUCUCUUUCGAAUAAGGAAUUCGAGACAGUGAGCAUCAUGUUGGAGUGUGAAUACACGCGAAGCUGGUAGCGCCUUUUAGACAUUGGCCAACUACCAGCAGGGUUCUUUUUUCCCUUUCUAUUCCUCUUCCCUUCUCUUUUUCCUUCCUCUUUUGCUCUUUACCCAUUUCAGCUUUUUCUAUUUAUUUUAUUUUUUUUUUCAUCUUUAUACUUUUCUCUCAUUCCCAAUCUCUUAACCCUGUAUGUUUUAUCCACUUUUUCCUCGACGAAAUGAGACUCUUUGGACCAAGAGCUUUUGCUGUUAUGUUGGUGGUCCCGCCGCCACCACGAUUGCGUUCAAUAAAAUGCCAAAGCUGGUCCAUCGAAUCUUUCCUUUCAUCAGCAUGGCUAUUCACUAUAGCCCUUGUUACAUUAACAAUAAGCACAACAGCGCAAACAGUACCUUCUUCAUCUCCUUCUACUUCUGUUUUAUCCUCCUCUUCCUCUUUAACAACUAUUCCACAAGAGAACUUAACACUCCAUAUCGUCGCACGAUUUCCACCUGAAACAGAACGUUCUGAUUUCAAUAAAUUAAAUCUGAAUUCAACGAGAGAAGGUCCUCUUCGGUUUAAUCACUUGACCAUUGAUCCCUCCACCGGACGACUUUAUGCUGGUGCUGUAAACAGACUACUUCAAUUAGAUGCUAAUCUUAAAUUAGAGCAACUUGUUUCGACUGGACCAAGGUUGGAUAAUCCCCAGUGUCACGCAACCGGAUGUACAUCAAGAGAAGUGACCACGUCGCUCAUGGAUAACGUCAACAAACUCUUAAUCGCUGAUCUCGAAUCCAAAACUUUAAUAGCAUGCGGCUCGCUUCUUCAGGGUGCUUGCGAAAAGUAUAACAUGUUAAAUAUUUCCAUAGCACCGAGUUUCCUGCCACAUAGUGUAGCUGCUAAUGAUGAACAUUCUUCAACGUAUGCAUUUAUUGGACCAAAACGUUAUAACGCUUGGGAAAGAACGACGAAUAUUCUUUAUGUUGGAACGACGUUUACCAAUAACGGCGAAUAUCGUCAUGAUGUACCUGCCAUCUCCAGUCGUCAUCUUAAUACCUUAGAGUACGCUCAUUAUACAUUCCACAAGCAGUCAAUACUGCACAUCGACGUCAAGUAUCGAGAUCACUUUCUUGUCAAGUACGUUUAUGGUUUCAAUGCAAGUGAUUAUGCUUACUUUGUCUUGGUCCAGAAACAAUCUUAUCUACCCGAGCAAGAAGAACUUGGCUACGUGUCAAGAUUAGCCAGAACCUGUAUUAAUGAUUCCAAUUACGAUAGCUACACUGAGGUAACGUUACAGUGUAUUGUUGAUACGGAUAAUGGAACUCAACAAAUCUAUAAUUUAGUGCAAGAUGCCAAAGUCGCUGCUGCUGGAAGUGACUUAGCCAGACAGUUGGGUAUUGGUGUAGGAGAUCCAGUAUUCGUGUCUGUAUUUUCACCGAGUAAAGGCAUCACUAACGAACCAUUACCUCGAUCAGCUUUGUGUGUGUAUAGUUUGCAAGACAUCGAAACAAAGUUUAAUGAAAAUAUCUAUAUGUGUUUCAAUGGAAGUAUCAGGUAUCGUAAUAUGGGCUAUAUCAGUGGACCAAUUCAAGACGGUGAGUGUCCAGUGGCUGGAACCACGGGUAAUUAUCUCAAUUUUUGCGAAGUUGGACUCAAGAUAUCAGGCGUAUCUCCAAUUGUCGGAAGAUCUGUUCUACAAUUUCCUGAUAGCUUUAUCACAUCAAUUACAAUUGCAAAUACUGAAGCUCAUACAGUUGCAUUUUUGGGAACCAACGACGGAGUUCUGAAAAAAGUCUUAUUAUCUGGAUCUGAAUCAUUAGUUUAUGAAAGUGUUGUUGUGGAUAGUGGACAAAGACUGAUGUCAGAUAUGGUUUUAUCGCCACAAGGUGAAUAUCUGUAUGUAUUGUCAUCUUCAAAAAUUUCAAAAGUUAAAGUUGAACAUUGUAGUGAUUACACUAGCUGUAGCACGUGUUUAGAUGCUAAAGAUCCUUAUUGUGGAUGGUGUUCAUUGGAAAAGCGGUGUACAAUACGUGGUGCGUGUCAAAAAGCAAAUAAAAGUAGUCCUCGGUGGUUGUCAUUAAGUACAGGACAGCAGUGUAUUGAUUUUGAACAGGUUCUGCCGGAUCGUUUGCCCAUUAAACAAAUGGCAACGGUUCAGUUAACAAUUAGAACAUUACCAGAAUUACCACCCGGGGCAAAUUACAAAUGUGUGUUUGGUAAUGCAGAACCUAUAAAUGCUACAAUGACUAAUAUUGGAUUAUCUUGCCCUGCACCACCUAUUGCUAAAAGACCUAGCAUUCCUGAGGGUGCAGAUCAUAUUUUAGUGCCACUUUCAGUGCGGUCCAGUGAAACGAACAAAGACUUUGUAUCAAGAAACUUUGCGUACUUUGACUGCUCGCGGCAUACAUUGUGUUCAGAGUGUGUUAAUUCAUCGUGGGGUUGUAGUUGGUGUGUAUAUGAUAAUAAAUGUACCCACAAUACUAGUGGAUGUCAAGGGAAUAUAAUCUCUGGUGAGAAUCCUAAUCCAGCAACAUUAGCCGCUCAUGGAGUUCAGUACUGCCCACGUUUUUUGAAACGAAAAGAACCACUAAUGCUCCCUAAUAACGUACCUAAGGAAAUUGUUCUAGAAGUAGAAAAUUUACCACAUCCGAAAAUUGUUCACACAGGCUUUCAGUGUAUUGUUUCAAUCGAAGGUGCUAAUUUACGAGUUCAAGCACGAGUUGACAAAAGUCGUUUCAUUGUCUGUGACAAGACAAUUUACUCAUACGAAUCUCUUACUGGUGAAUAUGAAGCCUUAUUGACAGUAGUUUGGAACACAAAUCACCACGUUGACCGCACAGUAAUUAUUCUCUACAAAUGCGACAUUCUUGGAUCUCACCGCGAGCAUGCGGAUUGUUCGCUUUGUCUGACAAGAGAUCCAAGAUUUGAAUGUUCAUGGUGUGGUAACAGCUGUAUGAAUAGACAUUCAUGCCUUCACGCUGCAUUUGCUGAAUGUCCAAAACCGCGUAUUGAUAUGAUACGUCCGCUCAGUGGUCCUAUUGAAGGUGGUACACUUGUGACAAUAGAAGGAAGUAAUUUGGGAUUAAACGAAAGUGAUGUAGCUGAUAAAAUUCAAAUUGGCAAUACCCCGUGUACUCUAGUUGAUUACGAGAUCUCUGUACGUAUUAUCUGCCGUACAGGUCGUCGGGAGGCUACUGACCAAGCAACUGUAGUUGUUGGCAAUAAUGCUGGAUAUACAGUAAGUGCAGUUCUAUUUCAUUACAAAGACAUUCAACUGUCCGGAAUUUAUCCGUCCGUUGGUCCACAAAGCGGUGGCACACAAAUUGCAAUCACUGGAAAGUACCUGAAUAUUGGAAGUACCAUCUCAGCUUAUCUAGAUGAAUUACCAUGUCAUGUUAAUGCAACACAAGCAAGUAGCACUCGGUUAACUUGUAUUACCAGCAGAUCGGGUCGUGUUAGACAAAUUCAACAGUUAACGUUGAGCAUUGAUGGUGCGAAUCGUACCUUAAUUAAUAAUCCUUUUAACUACACUCAAGACCCGACGAUAAUGGAGAUAAAGCCACUAAGAAGCUUUGUCUCUGGAGGUCGCAUGAUCACCGUCCAUGGUACCAACUUGGAUACUAUUCAAAAGCCAGAGAUGGAAGUUUAUUACGACAACGAAAUUCAUCCAGUAAAUAGAACUGUAUGUACUGUAUUAAAUCCAACUCAAAUGGAGUGCCCAAGUCCUAGCGUUGCAGAGAAAUUUCGAAUGCAUCGUACUCGAAUUACGCGAUCUCUUCAUAAACAACAUGUACCUUCAGCAGGAUCACGUGGGACAAAAGAUACUCAGUUACCUUUGAAAAUAGCUUUUGUUAUGGAUAAUGUAGAAAGUGUAAGAGACUUGGAGAAGCAUUUUCAAAAUUUACGACACCAUUUACUCUACAUGGAGGAUCCCAAGUUCUUUUCAUUCCCACACAUGGUCAAAUUGUAUAAAGGAGAUACUCUAGUAAUUGAAGGAGAAAAUUUAAAUUAUGCGAGUGACGAGUCUGAUGUUAACGUAACCGUGGGCACUGCAUUAUGUAAUGUUACUUCUUUGGCGUACACGCAGUUGGUUUGUACACCACCAGAUCAACAACCAGCUGGUACUGAUGAAAUGGGAAUGAAAACGAAGCGUGGAUUGCCUCUCGUAGUUGUGAGAGUUGGUCGAACUCUACGUUUUCCAAUAGGAUAUCUUCAGUACGAGGUAAUAAAAUCCUAUCCUAUUCCACCGGAAGCCAUAGCGGGGAUUGCCGCAGGUACUUUUGGUCUAGUGUUUCUCUUCGUUCUUGUACUUGUUGUUUACCGACGAAAAAGCACUCAAGCAGAGCGAGAGUACAAGAGAAUACAAAUUCAAAUGGACACCUUAGAAAGUAAUAUAAGAAUGGAGUGCAAACAGGCGUUUGCUGAGCUGCAGACUGAUAUGACUGAUUUAACAGCAGACUUGGAAUCUUCAGGUAUUCCUACUUUGGAUCAUAAAAAUUAUAUUAUGAAAGUUUUCUUUCCAGGUGUCAUAGACCAUCCAAUAUUAAGUGACCCAAGAUCGCGCAGUGCACUGUCACGAUCAAAUUACGACACUGCUAUGAUUCAAUUCGAGCAGCUUAUCAAUAAUAAAUGUUUUGUCCUUGCAUUCAUAGAAACUCUAGAGGCACAAAAGGACUUUAAUAUAAGAGACAAAGUGAACGUGGCUUCUUUACUGAUGGUUGUACUAAUGGGAAAAAUGGAGUACGCUACAGACAUACUAAUGAAUCUGUUGCUGCGGCUAAUUGACAAGUCUGUAGACACCAAACAUCCACAACUCAUGCUAAGACGUACAGAAUCUGUCGUGGAGAAAAUGCUGACGAAUUGGAUGGCGUUGUGCAUGUAUAAUUAUUUAAAGGAUUACGCUGGCUCUUCACUAUUUUUAUUAUUCAAGGCUAUCAAACAUCAGAUUGAAAAAGGUCCUGUCGAUGUUAUCACACAUGACGCGAGGUAUUCACUCUCAGAAGAAAGACUACUUCGUGAACAAAUAGAUCACAGUAUCGUUACGCUUCAUGUCGUCCAAGAUGAUCUCGAUGAAAAGAUACAAUGCAAAGUAUUAGAUUGCGAUACGAUAAGUCAAGUUAAAUCAAAAAUCUUAGAUGCUCUUUAUAAAAAUACUCCAUUCUCUAUGAGACCAUCUAUUCAUGAAGUAGAUCUUGAGUGGCGUCAUGGCCGUGGUGGUCACUUGACUCUUCAAGAUGAAGAUUUAACGACAAAAUGUAGCGGUGGUUGGAAAAAAAUAAAUACCCUCGCUCACUAUGGCGUCAAAGAGUCAGCUGUGAUGUCUUUAAUACCACGUCAAAAUGACAGCUUUACUAUGAGUUGCAAAACAACCUACCAUACCUGUAAGGCAUCAUCACAUCAUCAACCUCACCCACAUCAUCAUUCGCUUCAUCGCCUCGCAAACCAUUGCUCAUCUGGACAUUUACCGUCAACACCAAGUCAUGGUUUGAUAAGUCCUAUAAUGUAUCCUCAUACACCUGCUGGUAUUUACUUUGAUACUCAACACCCACCGCCGUUAAUAACUGCUAACGGUGAUAUUGAAAGUGGAGGAAAUCAACGACUUUGGCAUUUAAUCAGACCAAUUGAUGAAGUUCAUUGUCCACCAAGUAAUGGCUUCACCACGAGUAAGCAUCAUCAUCAUCCAGAAUGUGCACACAAAGCUAUACCGGAAAUAUUCUUAACAAGGCUGCUGUCGACCAAAGGAACUGUCCAAAAGUUUGUGGACGAUUUUCUCAAUACCAUUCUUACUGCUAACGAAGCAUUACCAAGUGCUGUAAAGUGGUUGUUUGAUCUCCUUGACGAAGCAGCAAAGAGACAUGGUAUUUCUGACCCUGAGGUUGCCCAUGCCUGGAAAUCAAAUAGUUUACCACUGAGGUUCUGGGUUAAUUUUAUUAAAAACCCAGACUUUAUGUUUGAUAUUAAUAAAUCAACAACUGUUGAUUCAAGUCUUUCAGUCAUCGCCCAAAUGUUCAUGGAUGCAUGCUCGACAACCGAACACAGACUUGGCAAAGAUUCACCAUCGAAUAAAUUGCUGUUUGCUAAAGAUAUACCGCACUAUCGUGAAAAAGUUGGACGUUUUUAUCAUGAUGUGCAAAAACUACCGCCAGUAACUGAUCAAGAAAUUUCAAGUGCCAUGCAACAAUUGAGUGCAGCUCACGGAAAUGAAUUCGACGUUGUUGCUGCGCUCAAGGAUCUAUACAUCUAUGUCAAUAAAUACUAUGAACAAAUUUUAGAGGCCUUGGAAUUAGAUGCAGGAUGUCGCAAGUUACAUUUAGCCCACAAAUUGGAAAAUGUAGCGUGCACACUGGAGGGUGAAGAAACCAGUGCCUGCUGACACACCAUGCAAAGAAAUUCCAAUCAUUGAACCGUCAAAAUCUCGGAUGGAAAUUGAUUAGUGCCUCGACAUUGCGCAUCAAACACACCUCGAAACAUGUACAAAAGUAUUACACGUCAUUACGAUAAGUGAACGAGUGGCCUUUGUCGCUAUAUUGGUGCAGAGAAAAAGUACGAAUAAAAAUUUAAAGGGUAUGAAUAUUAAGUGGCCUCACUGGGAAUAGUGACAGGGGAAAUACUUGUUCAGUAUAAAAUACACACCGCACACGAGGAAAAAAUGAAGAAGAAAACAUAUAAGAAAUAAGUGAAAAAAGUCAGUCAUUGUGUCCAUCAGACUGUUUGUACAAGGAGUGUACGGCAGCGAGAAAUCUGUGAUCCGAGCACAUGUGGCUACGCCUACUAUCUUAAUUGCGAUAUAAUAAUAAUUAUAAUGGUUAUAUUAUGUAGGGAAAGCGGAUAAAAUUGAGAAAAAGAGUGAUUAUGGUAUGCCUUUGAAUCUCAGAAUGAUUGAUCUGAAUAUAUAAUAAUUGUAAAAUUGUGCGAAUUUUUAAUUUUUGACAUCUUGUCAAUGCUCUGUAAAAAAUUUAAAUAUCGAUACCUAUGAUAAUAAUGGAGGCAUUCAACCGCGUACCAUUUAAUACUCAUUUAAAUAUUUGUAUCAAUUUUCGUGUCUAUACAACCACUUUGGUACUCGUAUGCACAUACGAAUUGAUACAAAUUCAUAAUAUACUUUAAAUAAAUUAUAUAAAUAAACAAAUUUAAAAAAUAUAUAAAUAUAUAAGUUAUAUAUAUUAUACAUAAUAUAUAUAAUUUACAACAAUAUAUAAAUUAUAUAUGUAUGUUAUACAUAUAUAUUUAUAUAUAAUAUAUAUAAAUAUAUUAUAAAUAUAUACAUAAAAUGCAAGGAAUCGCGCGGAAGCACACCUCCACGGAAUGUAGUGAGCUAGUUAGAGAGGGACUAUAUGUGUAUAAAAGAAUUGUAAGGCUGAAUGCCUCUCGUUAAGAGAAUCGACUAAGAAACAAAAUAAUAUUUAAGUAUAUAUAAAUAUAAAGUAUAAGUAAAGUAACAAAAUAACAUUAAAAAUCAGAGUUGCCAGCGUCAAUGUAAGUUAGAGCAGCUCAUGAACAUUACUCCAGGCCUAGCCAUGUACAAGGGAGUAGCAUGUAAUCUAAUGAUUAUUCCUUUAUAUAUAAUUAGCUCUCUGUUUAUUUACAUUUUUUUAUAUUUUAUACAAUUUGAUGUGCUCGUUAUAAUUUUAUACCGAGUCAGAUUUCGAAUCAGCUGUAUGAUGAUCAUUUAAAUACGAUAGUUGAUGUAAAGCGUACUUGUCAACGUAUAAUUAAUUGAUAGAUAAAUUUCUGCUCGUGAUCCAUUUGCUAUCAGGUCAUUAUCGAUAUUAAUCCAUGCGAAUAUAUAAUUAUUACUAUCGUCUAUCAAUUAAUAAGUAUCAUUUAUGAAUUUGUUAAGAAUACAUAGUGAUAGGAUGUAGGCGAUGUAAGAGCGGCAUUUUUGUACCAGUUUCAGAAUCAAGAUGUGCCUGAACUCCUUAUUGUCAAAUAUUAUCGAUGGCACAGUGAUACGGAAGACAUUAUUAAUUGUCAAUUGAGAUAUACUACGGUUUCCAUAGCCUCGUAAUUUGAUGAUGAUUUUCGAUAAAAUGUCCCGAAAUGAAAUAAAAAUAAGAAAUAAAAUUUGAAGAGAAAUUGUGCGCCUUAAGAAAAAAAAAAAGAACGUAGAGCCAUAGAAACCGUAGUAUCCUCGUCAAUCGUAUCGUGAAUACAUCGAUUAUUUAAAAUUAACUCAUUAUCUUGAUAAAUUAAAAAAAGCAGCAAAAUGUGAUCACGUACUCAGUAUGCAAAAAAGCAUUGCCAUGAUUAAGUUUAGUAUUCUUGAACUAUUUUUCUCUCCAAUUAUCUACGACUGACUGGGAAAUACUUUUUGUUUCUCUCUUGAUUAAGUUUUUUUUAUUUUUAUAUUAUUUUUAUACAACAAAGGCAGAAAUGUUUUCAUCAUAAUUAAACGCCUAGACUGCGCCUAAAGUCAAAAAUAAUUAAAAUAAACUCAUUAAAACAAAAUAAAUAAUCCUGAAAAUAAAUCUGAGCACUGCCAAGGCUCUCGGCGCUCUACUACGCACAUCUACGAACAUUAAUUAGCUCAUAUGAGCUAUUGAAACCGUUAUCGUCCGAUUGAUAUUAUAUUAAAUUAAAAAAAUAUUCUUUACAUAUAUGGGAAAGCAAGAAAUUUACUAUCACUUUAUAUAACACUUGUACUUAAAAACACAAAAAAAAGCAUUUUUUUCUUUUCUACGUAUAAAUAUAUAUAUAUAUAUAUAUAUAAAUAUAAAUAUAUUCUUCAUUAUAAUUGCUAAAUAUAUAAAUUUAUUUACGGAAUAUAAAUUUCUCGCUUUCCUGUGAAUGUAAUUAUCGAUCUAUGCAUCUUUCUAUACCUAUUGUAUUUAUUUACAUUUAAUUAUGAAGGAGUUAGCUUCAUGACGAGCGUACGUCAAUCUGUGCAGUGUAAUUAAAUCUAAAUUAUUUUCUGCUUUCUCGAAAAUUCGUCCAAGGAAAAAAAUUGUAUAGUUAGUUAUCUAUAAUUAUAAUUACAAUUAUUGUAAUACGAGUAGAUUAUUUAAAUUGUAACGAUUAUCUUGAUUAUUUUUAUAAUUAUGUAAACAUGUAGUCAUGAGUCUGAACUGAGUAUCCGAGGGUAUUAUGCCGUCUUCCUACGUGAAAACACUAAGAGAUGCUCGGCGUGUCUUAAAACAAUUGUAGUAUAUAGUUUAGUUAUCAUUUGUUGGCUAAAUUUCGCAUUCGUUGAAAUGUUUAUACACAAAAAGAAAAACCUUCUAAGAAUUGGAAUCUCGUGUUAAAUAUUAUGUAAAUUUUUUUAGUUAUUAUUAUUUAAAUUGGAUUAAAUUAUAUCUUGGAGAAAUUCCAUUUCUUAUUAAUUGUUUUUUUAUUGAUUGGUAUUUAUAUUAAAUUAUAAAUUAAAUUUCAAUUAGUAGUACAGAUUGACGUACUCUUUAAGUACGUUGAUGCGCACACAUGAGUAUUCUCCAUUGAAAUACUUUUAUUUCUCUAUAAAUAGGAGAUAAAAAAUUUUUGUAAAAUAGCUGUGAUGUUAAUGACGUAAAUAUAAUCAAUUAUACAGUGUGUCAAUCAUGAAUUAGUCAUUUCUUGUAUAAUUGCAUAGAGUAUGAAGUAAAAAAAAAAAAAAAACAAAGAGAAAAAGUAUAAAAAUUUGUCAAUUGUUCGUAUAAAAAAUGUUCUUUCAAGUUUGCUUGUCAAAGAACUUAAAGUCAAAUCUUCUAAAAUAUCUAAGUUGUAAAUGAAAAUAAAAAGAAAUAUUCAUGUGUGCGUAUAUCCGUGUAUUCUAUGCAAAAAUAUCCAUGUAAAUAGUAUCCAAAACCCCAUCCUUUCCAGCACCCUGGUUAGAUUAUAAGUCACAUUUGAAAAAAUAAAAAUGAGAAAACGAAAUGAUUCUUGCCAAAUUUCCAAUGGGACGUAGGAACAAACAAUUAAACACUUGAAAAAUUGCAAAAAUAUAUUGGUAUUAUAAA